CACCUUUUCCAGAUCUGUGGAACGGAACCUGCUUUAGCGGCACAAUCACAGCCAUUGCUUGUCACGCCGAACCGGUUCGGCCGCAGCACGCAUACCGCAAUGCCGCACAAACGACGUGUCCCGGCGAAUCAUUGUCUGGCCUUUUACGGGAUCGUGAGCGGCUCUGAUGCCUGCACGCCAUACAAGCACACGGAAAAAGGCUGAACAUGCCGAGCUCUGCCCACUGUGUGGUCACUGGAUAUCCUUGCCGACAAUUGUCCGCAUCAUGUCACGAUCGAAUGAAUGACUGGACAAAGAGACCCUGUACAUGCAGUAUAAGACAAAUGAUGGUCUCCUCGCGCUUGGAUGCAUGCAUUGACCGCCAGUAGGCGCUAGUUAACCAACUCUUUGACAGUCAGUGUCUAAGUCUAGACAUGGACAUAUCAGCUCCUGCGAUGCCUCUUAGCCCUUCUCUCGUCUCAACGCAACUGCCGUCGCCGUGCUCUUCCGACUUCGGAAGGAACACUGAGGCAGCAUCAUCGGUGCAGCACACAUUCUCAGCAGGUAUGACUGGAAUCAAGGAGCUCAAGAUCAACUCCCUUCUCAAUCCAUUCGAUAACGGCCGGCGUCAAGACGACAGCUCGGCCAGCUCGCCGGCCACUCCAAACCAGACUGAGUUGCAGUCUGGUCCUUCCACGCCGCGCCUGCAAACACCAUCGUCAGCAGCCCAGUCUCCGACUGGCCGCCAAAAGCUAGUCAAGGACAAUGCAGUCUUUCUGCUAGGGACGCCGAAAGACCCCGUCAACUAUCGACCGUUCGAAUGCACUGAUACGCCAUUGUGUCUUACCGAUCAACAAUGGAAGGAGAUGGACAAGCAGCACGAGCGCUUCGCAGUCUACCCUUCGGGUCGUAGCGGUGAUGGCUUGAUCAGAGACUAUCAGCGUCACAUACCUUACGCAAGUGACAAGAAGACAUUCUUCGGGAAGACCAGCCGGGAAGGUUUCGAAGUAUUCCAAUACACCUUCAAGAUGCCGGACGACGGUGCGGGCAAGGCAUAUACCGUCAUGUGGGAUUAUCAGAUUGGGCUCGUCAGGAUCACACCAUUCUUCAAAGCACUCAAGUACUCGAAGGUAUGGUUUUUACCCACCCUGCAAUUUCGUGAUGAGGCGGCUGACGGUUGGAUUACCUCACAGACUACCCCGGCUAAAGCACUCAGCACCAAUGACGGUCUCAAAGAACUAUCUCAUUCUAUCACUGGCGGUGCACUCGCCGCUCAGGGGUACUGGAUGCCGUACUCAUGCGCCAGAGCCAUUUGCCUCAGCUUCUGCUACCCCAUUCGGUGGGCGCUAACACCCAUCUUCGGUCACAGCUUCCUCAAGGACUGCUUGCGGCCAGAUCAGCCCGGUUAUGGCAAGUUCAAGAUUAGCUCGGAGGUCAUCAGCUGUGCUCGACUGGAGGCGGAGAACCUGCGGAUGGCUGGUGACGGUAGUCGGUGCGACAGUCCUGCCAGUCCGCUAAGCUCUGCAGGAGGUCCUAACGAGGUCCCUCGUAGCGUUCCCUCAACAGCACUAACUCCUGCUACUUUGGGAAGUGGAAGGGAGCUUCGUCCGCGCCCCAAAUUCAAGCUUGGCUCACCAUUCGCCUCGGACUCUGAUGGCUCGAAGUACGAUAAUAUCACAGCAGCAUCGAUGGUCGAGUCGCCCACGCUAUCACCCAAGAGCACUCACUACGUUUCAACCUCUGGAUGGACGAGCAUCAACAAGAGCCGCGGAAGCAACACUCCACCAGUGCCAGCAAACAUGCCAAUGAGCUCACUUUCGAGAUCACUCCUCAACGAGCCCCGCAACCUGCCGACGACGUCCUGGCGCGCAUUGGAUGCCGACGACUCUCCCACAUGCAAGCCUAAGACGCUAACCAUCAAGAUGCCCACGAGUGCUCAUGACAAGCAUCGUACACACAAGCGCCGCCAGUCUCGCCGCGAAUAUGGUAACAUUGACUCAUCCAUGCCACACGUAAGAAGUACGCAGCAUCUCGACGGUGUAAGCCCGGAAUUCGUGUCUGGAACUCGCAAACGCUUGCGUAGCAACAGCAUGACUGCGAUCGCUCUAAGCCAGUCUAUGCCAGAUCAGCCAAAGCCAGUCAAGAGUGUCAAGUGGACGUCGGUCGAAGCGCGGGCGGCUGUACAACUGCUCAAUUUACACCAUAGGGACGCAAAGCUGGCGGCUCAGGUGCCGCGGUUAGAGUGAUGGAAUUGGCGCGUUUGUUGCUGACCGUGCCGGCUAGGACGCCUUGACACGGCAGUUUGAGGGGUAGCAUAAGCAUCGUAGGUUUAGCAUGCGAGUGCAUGAGCUAGGUUUAGAUGGGGCCUGUUGCUCGGACAGCCAGAUCGGCUCAGAUCGUCGUGUGCAACUGUAUCAUAAAACCCGCUUACAGUCCCUAGCC